UUCACGACUUCGCAUUUGAGAGCACGCCUCUGUUACCCAGAAUCACAUCACCUAAACACCAUGCAGCCAGAAAAUUAUCUUCUCGCCAGUUCCUUGACCGCAGCCAUACUCUAUGGCGUCAAAGCUCGUGCAAGGCCGAGCUACUCGCGCAUGACCACCAAAACCCUCGCAGUUUCCUUACUUGCGAUCCUCGUCAAAAUUGUUGAUGGGCCGACGUACCUCCUAGCUGCACUCAGCUUUGGGGCGCUGGGCGAUGCGUUUCUUGCUUGGGAUUCAGAGCCGGCAUUCUUGGCAGGCCUUGGAAGCUUUUUGACAUCGCAUCUCUUCUACAUCGCGCUUUUCUUUGAGACAGGCGCAAAGAGGCUUGUUCUAGAAGAUCAAUCACGCGUCGCUAUCGUUGUCUUAGCUAUUCUACUUGGACCCACGAUGUUGACACUGCUGAUUCCGAGAGUCAACAGCGAGCUUCGCUUACCCAUUCUUCUCUAUACCUGUGCAAUUCUGGGCAUGAUAUUCUCGGCAUUGACGAUCGAAAAUGAUAAGGUCGCACUGGGAGCUGUUGUAUUUACAGUAUCUGAUACCAUCUUGGCCUCUGGCAGAUUUCUUGUACCUACAUCAUCUUCACAUCAAGUCUGGAUGGACUAUGCUGUUUGGAUUCUUUACUACUCAGGACAAUUCAUGCUCGCAAUGGGCACUCUAGAGCAAGCUGGAAUUCAAUUGGGCGCAAAUUGAAUGGAAAAAUAUAGUCAGUGAGCUGACUCGAGACCUGCAACAACAUUUAUACAGUGAUAGAAGAGACGAGGAGACAGUGAUAUAUCAAGGACUAUGCCACGAAUGAUGGGCAGGUCGUGACGUCUUCAUGAUACAACUCCCCAUUCGUUAGGAUCAAUGGCAAAUUUGAAGCUCUGCUUGAGGUUAGAAACCGUCAAAAGGAAUAUGGAAAAGUGUAGCGGCUUACGUCCAAGUUCGCAUCAGAGUCAACACUGUCCUUGUCCUGCAUUGAUAGUUUGAUGAUCCGCGUCUUCUUCUCUUGCAAUUUUACAACAGUCUAUAGGACGUUAGUCUCCAUCAUCAUGGUGAAAUUGG